AUGCCAAACCCUUCGCCCCCACACUCGCCUAUAUCAUCGUCAUCCCACCUUCCGCCCCUCAGUCCGCGCGCAAUCCAGUUCGUCGACGAGCUCCAUCCCGCUCCCAACAACAACACCCUCGCUCCCAAUCAUCACCGCUCCUCGGCAUCCUCCACUCCCUCGCGACAACCCUCUCCCGAUCCGUUGCUGCGGCCUCGCUCGCCUGCAAACAACAACGGCGACAUGGCCAACGACUACGGUUCCCUCGAUCGCAAUGCUGCGAGCCAGUCCACCCCCAGAGCCGGCUAUCGUGCCUCUGGUCCAGGCACAAUCAACCUCCCACCCUCGCCUUACACCGAUACCCGCGCAGACACAGACGCUGCCGCCCGCUCCAACGCUCCCACCAUGAGCCCUAGCAUCGCCGGCUCGCGAGCUACCUCAAAUCCGCGCAGGAUGUCCUUCAAGCGACGCGCUCCCAGCGUAGGCCAAAGGCAGAACUUUCUCCAGCGUGCCUCGAUGGGCGUAUUCCCCAGAAAGCUCUCCACCGCAGGUAGCGACGCUCCCAACGCCAGAAAUCUGCGCCGUGUACACACCACUGGCGUCCCACCCGCCGGCAUCCGCGACAAUGACAACGACGACGGCACCAUCGACAUCGACGCGCUCAUCGCCGCCGCAGAGACGCCCUCCAUCCCACGCAUGCUUCCCAGCGCAAAGGCCGACCCCUUUUCCACGCCCAUCCCCGCUCUUCCCUUCAUCGUCCUCUGCCUCGUCUGCUUUGGCGAAUUCAGCUCCGCAGGUGUCGCAGGUCCCUUCCUCUUCUUUAUGAUCGAGGACUUUGGCGUCGGCGGCGAGAGCGACGUCGGCUUCUGGGCAGGCAUCGUCUCGGCCAGCUUCUUCUUCGCCCAGUUCCUCACCUCGCUCAUGUGGGCCUCCGUCGCCGACAAACGCGGCCGCCGCUUCGUCCUCGCCAUCUCCCUCCUCGGCAACGCGCUCACCAUGAUGCUCUUCGGCACCUCCCAGAACCUCGGCUCCGCCAUCUUCAUCCGUCUCGCUCAGGGCUUCUUCAACGGCGCCGUCGGCGUCGCAAAGGGCGCCAUCCGCGACAUCACCGACGACACAAACGAAGGCCGCGCCUACGCACUCAUGGGCUUCUGCUGGGGCAUGGGCGGUAUCAUCGGCCCCAUCCUCGGCGGCCUCCUCGAACAUCCCGUACAAAAGUUCCCCGGCCUCUUUGCCAACAGCCAGCUCUUCACAAACUACCCUUACCUCCUCCCCUGCCUCGUCGCAGCCACCUUCACCGCCGUCGGCUCCUUUCUCACCCUCUUCAUCGGCCACGACGGCGGGCCCCGCACCGGUGCCAUCCAGCUGCCCGAAAAGGGCGACAUCGAACGCGCCGCCACACACGUAGGCAGCUUCGGCCGCAACGCAGGUCAGCGCAUCAGCGGCUACUUUGGCGGCGCACGCAGCGCCGCCGGGUCCAGUCUCAGCCUCUCGCGUCACUUUACCAACGACCAGCACUCUCGUCCCACCAGUGGCACCUCCACUCCCGAACACACUGGCGCGCCCAAACAGCUCCCGCGUACUUUUACCCAGCAGGUCGACUACGAGACUGGCGGUCCGCCCUCGCCCGCGCCCACCGAGGGCACCGUCAUCACGCACAACAAUACCGCCCCCAACGACUCGGCCUUCUCCCGCGCCGACUUGCCCCCAAGACAGCGUCUCUUCUCGCGCACAGAGGAGCGUCAGCGCGCCAUCCUCGGGGGCGGCUCUGCAUAUGGAUACGAUCGACACAUGUCGCGCUCCUCGGCCGCACCCGCCCCCACCGCCACCGCCGGCGCACGCACAGAGUCGUUCGCACACAGCCGCACCGCAGGCCGCAACUCCUUCUCCUCCACCACCCAGUACGCACCGGACUUUGAAGAGAUCGGCCAGCGGCCCGGGCUCAGCUUUGCACAGCGCUUCCUGCUCGCACAGGACGACUCGGUCUUCACCAUCUCGGACCUCUGGGUCGCCGCUGCCAUCAAUGGCGACGAUGCGUACGAGGACGUGUUUGACGACGACGAAGACGACGAGUCGUUCGACGAUGGCAGCGUGUUCAACGACUCGGUCGCCGAGUUGGCAGAGCAGUCGAUCGACGAGGAGGACGAAGACGACUUUGACAACGAGCCGGAUGAGGGAUCGGCGUUGUUGGCGCCCACGCAUCUGGCGCCGCUCAACUUUGCGCAGCGCAAGCUGAGUCGCGCUGGGUAUUCGGAUGCCGGUAGGUCCGCGGGGUCGAGGCCGCGCUCGAUGCGCAGGAGCAGUGCCACCGCGCGCGUGCCGAGCCUGUACGCAAAUACGGGCAUCGAGAGUCCCGUGCUGUCGCCGGCGUACAAUCCCAUGUCACCCGCCAAUGAAGCUGGACCGGGGCCUUUGGGUGCGGUGCAGGCACGUGCGGAUAGUGCGUGGGAUCCUACGCUGGCAGGUAUUCCCGAAAGCCAGUCGAACCGCAACAGUCUCAUGGUUCCAUCGCAGCGACGCGGGGGUUCGACAUCCGCAUCGCCCGAUCGACGCAGUGUCGUCUUGGAAGCACCCCCAACCUCGCUUUUCACCUUGCUUCCUGCUGCCAUUAUUGCGCACUACGGAUUGAUGGCUUUCCACUCAUCGACGUUCGACCAGGUGUUUAUGGCGUUUUUGGUGACGCCCGAGCCUUCCGGGGGGUUGGGAUUGACAGCAUCGCACUAUGCACAACUGAUUUCGGCCAUGGCGUUUUGUCAGCUGAUCUUUCAGUUUGUCUUCUACCCCAAAGUGGGUCCUCCUCAGGGCAAGUUUUCGCAUCUGGCGAUGUUGCGAUUGGGUACGGCGAUUUAUCUGCCGUGUUAUACGCUCUUCCCCUUAUUGCGGGGGAUGUUGCAUCCCGAAACCGACGGGUUUGUCAUGACGGGCAUGAUCGUUUUUGCUGCUAUGAGGUGGUUGGCCAACGUGUGUGCCUUCACCGCAGUCAGUGUCCUCAUCAACGCUAUGACACCACCCCACCUCACCCCGCUUGCCAACGGUCUCGCACAGACUACAAGCUCGGCCGCAAGGUUCGUCGGACCGAUUGUGGGAGGCUUGGUUUGGGCAAAGGGUAUCGAAGGUGGGCCGGAUGCAAAGAGUUGGCCGUGGAACUAUCAUUUAGGAUUCUGGUUUGUCGGUCUCGCUGCGUUUACUGGGUUCUUGUUCACCUGGCGCAUCAAGUAG